GCGCCAGACAUUAGUACUGGCCUGGCUGCUCACUCCUACUUUCGGAACCACAGCUUGAACAUCGCAGUGCUGUCGAGGCUGAAACACGGUCAGGCGUAUGGACAGGCGCCCGUAGCUCCGGGACCCCCGUUAUCUACCCGUGCACUAAACGGACUACACCGACCCACGAGUCAUUUCAGCAGCAUAUCUCUCUGGGCUCGGUUGUCUUCUGCUCUCCGCUGCAGGGCCUCUUCAGUUUUGAAAAAGUGGGUGUUUGCUGCUCACUGGUGAUCCGGCAGCAGAGCGCAGAGGCGGCGGCGGCGAAGGCGAAGUGUCCUCGAUGGCAGGCUGGAAGGACGGCUCGGUGCAGGAGAAGUAUCGGCUGGUUGUGGUCGGAGGUGGCGGUGUCGGGAAAUCAGCCCUGACUAUCCAGUUUAUCCAGUCAUACUUCGUCACUGACUAUGACCCCACGAUUGAGGACUCCUAUACUAAGCAGUGUGUGAUCGACGAAAGGGCAGCCCGGCUCGACAUCCUCGACACGGCUGGACAGGAAGAGUUUGGAGCCAUGCGAGAACAAUACAUGAGGACAGGGGAGGGCUUCCUGCUCGUCUUCUCCGUCACUGACAGAGGAAGCUUUGAAGAAAUCUAUAAAUUCCAAAGACAAAUUCUCCGGGUGAAGGACAGAGAUGAGUUCCCGAUGAUCCUUGUAGGAAACAAAGCAGAUCUGGAACUACAGAGACAAGUAACCCAGGAAGAAGGUCAGCAGCUGGCCAGACAACUGAAGGUCACAUAUAUGGAGGCUUCAGCCAAAAUCCGUAUGAACGUAGACCAGGCUUUCCAUGAGCUGGUUAGAGUAAUCAGGAAAUUCCAAGAACAGGAAUGUCCACCGUCGCCGGAACCUACGAGGAAAGAGAAAGACAAGAGCGGCUGUCAUUGUGUGAUCGUCUGAGUCGGCCUUAUCACUGUAACUCAUGCAGCUACUCUGUACCCCUUCCCACCCUCCUCCUCCUCCUCCUCCUCCUCCCCCUCCACCCACUCUGCCUGACAUCACAUCCUCAGAGGAUGACUGACCGCUGCCUUCUCCACGUGCAUGACUUCAGACAGCCUUUUCUGAGAUACUCUGACCAGGAAGUGCUGUCCCCAGGACAUCACUAUGGACAACUGACAAUGCCAAAAUUUAACACCACUCUACCUUCAGCCGUAAUCUAAUCCAUAUGAGAGAGUCCCAACACUAAACAUUGCCUUCUAAAUCAGCCUGACAGAUUAAUGUUUUGUACUCUGAAGGACUUCUCUUGCCUUGUAGUGACAUUUGUACUUGCUACCGAGAUUGAAUGAAAACUAUAUAUCCAGAAUGUUAAUGAGUUUCUUUAGUUUUCCAGAGUCUGAGCAGAGCAGAGAGAUUAUCUUAUGAAGCUUUGUGUAUGUUGUGCCAUAUCCACCUUUACUCCCAUGUGCUAAUCUGCUACUGUACAUAUGUGACAUUUGUUGUGAUUUUCAAAGUGUAUUUCUAAUGAACUAUUAAAUCACCACAGUACAGUGUGUGAGGUUGACUUUGGUUUUACAUAUAUGAAAGUGAAUAUAUAAGUAUGUAUAUAAAUAUAAUGCCUAGACAGCCCUUAAAGCUACAAUGAUAGAACUUUUUGGCAUUCUGCAGUGGAUUCUUUACUUUGUCUGUGGUUUCUGCUUUCAUCUCAAUUGCCAAAUAUGAAGUGUCUGCUGUACUAGAUUUUUAAAAGUCUUAUGGAUUGACAGAUUUUUAUCCUUUGCCAUUUCAUCAAUGUACUGAAAGUAGCAAAACUGUGUGAGUUUCUUUCCGAGAAGGUGGCAGCUCCAUCAAACUUGGACAUCCUGCAGAUUUCUUAGAAGCAGUAGAUCAAUCAAUCAGUAGCAAACUGCAUAUCUUUGACAAGUAACACGAUUUGUGAAACACUGAACACUGUAUUCAACUUGAUGUUAUCAAGUCCAUUUCAGCAAAUCAAGAAAAUCAAGGAUCAUUCCAAUGUGGCGCAUCUCUUCUGUCAAACACGUAGACUUCAGUACAAAUAGCUGUUAUAUCAUUCCAGUAACACAGUGGCAAAGUGUUUGUUUUGUGUCUUUAUAUUGCUCUGUUAGAUAACUUUUACCCCGGGAGAGAUGGAAACAAGGAUGAGAGGAAGUAUUGAGGUGAACAUCGUUAUACAAGCACUCUUCUUUUAGGACAUGAACUGACUGGACCUGCCACCUGUGGAGCUUCAUCACCACAGACACAAAACACUGUUCUGCCUUCUUUUUCCACCUCUGUACUUCUGUUCAGGCUUACUAAUGAAGUACUGCAGUUUGUUUUUCAUAUCAUCAUCUUGUAAUAUAAACAACCAGAAAAUCAAACGAUGGAAGUGAUGGACUUGAUUAAAUGUUUCUACUCUACUUUUAUACAUUAUUUUCUUAUCAAACUAGUUGACAAGUAUUUUUAUAUGUUUAUAAGUGAAUACACAUUCACAGCACAGCUGUGUAUAUAUGUAAAGAGGAAUAUUUAAGUCUCUUGAUUGUGUUCAGCUGAAGAUGACUGUUGGCCCAAAUUUGAAAAAUUGGAUUCUCUCCCAAGAUGUGACCAAGAAUGUUUUUUUUAUUUCCUAUUGUGGCUUAAUACUAAAAUAAUAACCAUCUUGAGGUGUUCACCGCCAGCUCAGAGUGUAAAACACCAGGUCAGGAAGUAAAGGUUUUAAAUAUGAUUCUGGUCUUUACACAGAGCUUCUAAAUUUACGAAUGAAUUAUUAAAAUCACUGAUGUUUGAAAUCCCAACUUCCCAAAGUAUUGCAAAUCCAAGUGUACAUCCAAAUCAUGCGUUUUGUCUUCCUUUUCUCCCAUAUCAGUGUCUUUUGCCCUGUGUGUAGCUUUUGGUGCUAAAAUAAAAUCUGUCAUUGAGCCA